CUAAUGUUACUAUUUUUCACUAGUACAACCAGUGUUAAACUUAGAUGGUCUGCAGUCCGUCAGAGCUUUGAUGCCCUUGGAACAAAGCCAACCAUUAAAGUUAUGUUUGGCCCAUUUACUCGCUGAAAGAGUAUAAGAUCUUUCAGACCAACAUCAUUUGGUCUCCCACGUUUUGCUUUAGUUUAAGUUAAAUGCUCUGAAACAGGUCAGAGGUUUGAUGCUCUUUUGGAACAGAGCCAAAUAUUAAAGACAUGAUUGGUGUCCUAUUUACUUGUUGACGGAGUACCCAAUCUUUGAGAUUCACAGCAUUUGGAGAUGAUGGGUUUGCAUCGACAGUUUAGGGCAUUUGCAGUGGUGGUCACAGUUAUCAUCUUUGCAUUGCAAGCGACUGAGACGGCAGCGAAGUUGAAAGCAGGGAAGGAAAAAAUAAGCAAUCUGGAGUUCUAUUUCCAUGACAAAGCUUCGGGACAGAAUGUGACCGCCGUGGAGGUAGCGCACGCUCCAUCGACCAAAUCUUCGCCCACUUUCUUCGGAUCUGUAGUUGUGAUUGACGACCUCUUGACAGAAGGGCCGGAACCCACCUCCAAAUUGUUGGGCAGAGCUCAGGGUCUGUAUGCCCUGGCCAGUCAAGAGGAUCUUCAACUGUUAAUGGCGGUCACUUACGUUUUUCAGAGUGGAAAGUUUAACGGAAGCACACUCGCCGUGGUGGGUCACAACGCUGUGUUUAAUGAGAUUAGAGAGAUGCCAAUUGUUGGAGGAAGCGGGAAGUUUAGGAUGGCUCGAGGAUACGCCCUCGCCCACACACACUCCUUCGACAUCAAAUCUGGGAAUGCAAUCGUCCAUUACAAUGUCACUGUGCUUCAUUACUAGUAUUAGUUAUCCUGAGUGAUGCUCAGUUCUCUGUUGGAUGAGCAUGAAUAAAGUGAUGGUAAUGGAUGCCUUUUGUCUCUUACGAAAGGAAACUGCAGUCUUGAUUGUAGGGGUUGUGUGGCCCAGAAUGCAGAUCUUCUCACAUCCACAUAAAAUUAGUACGGUAGGAGAUAUAAUGUUUGUGUGGGCAAGAAAAAUACAUGUUUUGUAAAAAGUUAGGGUAAAAUAUAAUGAAUGAGUUAGAAUAUGUAUUGUUUUA